AUGGAGGUCUUUGGCAAUAAUCCUUCAGUCUUGGAAUCAGAUUAUGGAACCGUAUUCCAAGAUUUGCACCUGUCUCCUUCUCCGACAAUGUUAGCCAAUGAACUUUUUUUCCCAGUCAAUCUAAUCACUCAAACACCCCAAAAGAGUACUAAUCAAUCAGAUGCUGAAACAUCUAAAUGUGCGGAAAAUUGUGUUCCGAAAAAACCAGUGUCGAAACAAAAACGUCCAAUCAGCGGAAAGAAGAUGAUCAAACUGAAUGAAAUGCCCGAAAAGCCAAAACGAAAACGAGCACCUCGCAAGAAGAAAGUGGAGGAACGAGAAGUAUUGACAUUUCGUGGAAUGGAAAAAUUCGUGUGUGUAUAUUUCUGUAAGGAAUGCCACGAGAAUACUACUUAUGACGGACGAACUCUUACAAUAAUGUUGUGCGAACAGUGCCGUCAUCGUGUCGAUAAGCUUUAA